CAGUCUGGGUGCCAAAUCUCAGCCAGCUGCAGGCAAGCACGUUCCCACCCUGCAUGUGCACUGUGCAAACUUAGCUUUAUUGCUGGGAAUUACAUUUCUUCUUUAGUUUGAAGAACUCUCUGUUCCAAAGAUUUUCUCCAUAAUGUUUCUCCUUGGAAUUUUCCUUUGCUUAAUACCUCUUUCCUUGGGAAAUCACAGACCUCAUUUUGCUGGGAACAACUUAGUGGAGUUCACAAUGACAAAUGGCUCUGAAGACAAAACUCGGUCUCGAGUUCCAAGACAAGCAUCCUUCAUGCAGAGAAGAGAAACAAAACCACAAGUCGCUGAAUUCAGUGUGAAGUCCACUAUUAUGUCACGAUAUGCUUUCACGGCUGUCUCUUGCACUAUGGUGAAUCGAGCAGCUGAGGCCAAAGAAGGCGUUUUCCAGGUGUUGAUUCCAGCAGCAGCUUUUGUCUCCAAUUUCACCAUGAUUGUUGGAGGACGAACAUACCAUAGUGAAGUCACUUGGAGGAAACAAAUGGCUAAAGAGGGCAAUGGACUUGGGAAUGAUAAGAACCUUGGCAAUGGCUACACAGAGAAUGGCAUGGAAAUAUUCAAAGCCUCUGCAAGCAUUCCUGGACGGAACAAGGCUGUUUUUAUAUUGAUGUAUGAGGAACUCCUACAGCGGCGUCUUGGACUGUAUGAGCAUACCAUCAGCAUCAGGCCACAGCAGCUAGUGGGACGUCUUUCUGUAGAGGUGAACAUAUUUGAGAACUCUGGAAUUACUGCUUUAGAGGUCCCUCCUCUCCACAACAAGCAGAGAAAUAAAAACACUGAUACAAUCUCUCCUCCUCCCUCCACAGCCAUCAACCAGACAAACAAUUUUGUAAGAAUUACAUUUAAUCCCAAUGUUGUUCAGCAAGCAAAACUUUCACAGAAUGGAAUUUUGGGCGAUUUAGUUAUUAGAUAUGAUGUACAAAGAGAACUCAGCGUGGGAGACCUGCAGGUUUUGAAUGGAUACUUUGUGCAUUAUUUUGCACCUACAGAUCUACCUCCUCUACCAAAAAAUGUGGUGUUUGUGAUUGAUACCAGUGCAUCCAUGUUAGGAAAGAAAAUGAAACAGACCAAGGAAGCCCUUUUUACAAUUCUUCAAGACCUUAGACCUCAAGACCAUUUCAAUAUCAUUGGCUUUUCUAACAGAGUCAAAGUAUGGCAGCAGAAUCAGAUGGUGAAAGUCUCUCCCAACAAUAUCAGAGAUGCAAAGAAAUUUAUUUAUGGCCUUUAUCCUACAGGAGAAACAAACAUCAACCAAGGUAUUCAUGUUGGAGCCAAGCUUCUUAAUGACUAUCUUGCUAGUAAUGGAACACAUGAGAAGAGUGUGUCUCUAAUGAUUUUUUUGACGGAUGGAAGACCUACCAUUGGUGAAAAGGAUUCUCCAAAAAUCUUAGGCAACAGCAAAAAUGCCAUCCAGGAAAAGUUUUGCCUGUUUAGUAUUGGUUUUGGUGACGAUGUUGAUUACAAUUUGUUGGAGAAACUGGCUCUGGAUAACUGUGGUAUGAUGCGACGGAUACGUGAGGAUGAGGAUGCAGCUUCUCAGCUUAAAGGAUUUUAUGAUGAGAUUGGAACUCCAUUGUUAUCAGACAUUCGUAUUGAUUAUCCACCGGACAGUGUACAAUAUGUCACACAAAAUAUGUUCUACAACUAUUUUAAUGGGUCAGAAAUAGUUGUUGCUGGAAAACUGUUAAAUCGUUCCUCAGAGACUCUCCAUGUUGAAAUCACAGCAAGUAAUGGAAAUAAAUAUGUUGUCCUAGAAGCUGACAUAAAAUUAGAAGGUGUUGGGCAAGCAGAAAUGAUUGGAUCAGAGGUCAUUGAGGACAAUAAGGAAUACAAAAAUCAUAUUGAAAGGUUGUGGGGCUACCUGACAUUUAAGGAGCUUUUAACAUCUUGGCAUAAAAGUGAUACCAUCAAGGAGAAAGAAGAAAUAAUGGACAAAGCCAGUAAGCUUGCUCUGCAUUAUCAUUUCGUAACUCCAUUUACACUACUAGAAAUGAAGGAUUCUGGGUUUCAAGCAGAUCUGCCAAAAGAAGAGUCAACUAUUCUAUCCAUGGAUGGUAUUGGCCAAAAACUGCUUAAUCUUCAGGGAAAGAAAGCUCCACAAGGGUCUUCCCCAAGGAAGUCAGGCAAGCAAAGGACAUCUGUAUCCAAAACAUCAGCUGAUGGGGAUCCCCAUUUCGUCGUUGAUUUUCCAUUGAACAAGAUGACUGUUUGCUUCAAUAUUGAUGGCGAACCUGGUGACAUCCUCAGGUUGGUGUCAGAUCAUAAAAACUCAGGAGUAACAGUAAACGGGCAGUUGAUAGGAGCUCCAGCUCCUCCCAAUGGGCAUAAAAAGCAAAGGACCUACUUCAGCAGGAUUACCAUCAUUCUCAACAAGCCAAAACGAUCUUAUAUAGAGAUUACUCCAUCUAAGGUCAUUCUGGACAGCAAGGACAGACUGAUUCUGUCAACUGAUAAGAGCACUACAGUAAAUAGCAAAGACCUGGUGAUUGCAGUUAUUGCCAACUCCAACAUUACUGUAACUAUUCAAGGCACCAUCAGCUUUGUAAUCCUGGUUCAUCACUAUAAAAAUCCAGCUCCUUACCAAAGGAAUCACUUGGGGUUUUACAUUUCUAACAGCAAAGGACUGUCAUCGAAUUCCCAUGGGCUUCUAGGUCAGUUCCUAUACAAUGAUGUUAAAAUAACUAAAGUACCGCUACAAGUUACCAACCAAACUUCCGACGGUAGGUCUGGUUCUGCUCUGAACGCUGUGACCCUGCUGAGUGUGAGAAAUCGAUUGGUCCCUGUAAUUAGAAAACAAAGAAAGAUAUACAAUGGCCUUCAUCAGGUGGACUGUUGGUUUGCAAAGAAUAAUGCAGCCAAACUAAUUGAUGGAAUCUACCAGGAUUACUUGGUGCCUCAUCUCUUUGACUGUGGAAGUGGUUUAAUAACAAAUGAAGUGUAAAACAAAGCCUACUGAGGACUAUUUCUUUCACAUUCCACAUUUACAUAUAGUGAGCAACACGAGAACAUGAUACCAGGACAGUUUUUCAGUAAAUUUAAACAACUUGUUUUAUAUCAAAUCACAGUGCAAUAUUCUGAUGGCAUUAUUUAACAAAAAUAUGGCUUGUGUAAUAGCCAAUCACUUUUUGUACAGAAUGCAAAUUGUUCCUUUACCGUAUUAAUGCAAUGUACAACUGACUUUUGUAUUUGAAUCAAAGAUAUUUUUAUAAUCAUUAAACGUUGUGUUUUUAAUGUAACUUUUGAGAAAAAAAUAUAUUAAAAUGUGUAUAUGUGUCUGAGGUUAAAUAGAACCACAUUUCAAUACUGACCCAUCCCUUCCAUAAAUCAUUUUACAUAUUAUUAUUAUUAUGAUGAUUAUCCACUCACUCACACUGCAUAAAAACGUAAAGGUCACCCGCACCAUGAAAACAAGUUUGGCCCCCCUAGAGAGGAAGCAGACCCAGGCCCCCCUCCUCCUCUGUAGUUAUGUCACUGAAGUGAACACAGAAAUACAUGUACUUGACCGCUGUACUCAGGUGACAUAUUCACGGGCAAUAACAUAAUACUUGUGUAUCAAGAAGUUUUCACAACUAAAGGUGUAUAAAUCUUUACAUUUAGUUUAGCAUGGCACAACUGUGUCUAUUCUACACAAAGGGUAUUUGCAUAUAUCGAGAAGUGCCAUGAAGCAAUACAUCAAAUAGUAUCCGUGGCACCAGCAAAUAACUGCAGUUAAUAAAGCAUAAACAUUUAAUUUAUUAAUAAUAAGUAUUUAUAAAGCACUAAUAUAUUCUGCAGUGCUCUACAUCACAUCUCUUACUAUUUAUUUUGUGGAUAUAUUAAAGGGUUAUGGUCAUCAAAUAAAGAUUUACUGUAAUGUAAUCUAA